UUUUAUCAGUUUGCGUCGACUGUAUUAUAAAACAUUUGCGUGAAAGACUACUUUGUUUGCUACUCAUCUGGACAAGAUGGCGUGCUGGAUCGGAUGGCCUGCCACCAGAGUAAUCAUUGGCGGAGUCCUUAUUCACAUUACAUUGGGGACAUUAUAUACAUUUGGCAACCUGAACCCGUACCUCACGUCCUACCUUCGUGAAGAGUUUAGAAAUGAAACCCUCUACGACUACUCGGACACAGCAUGGGUGUACUCAGCUUCCAUCAUUGGCAUGGGAUGCACGAUCGUCCUGGCGGGCGCGAUCUAUGACAGACUUGGUCCUCGCGUAACUGUGGCCAUUGGAUGUGUUCUUAUGAGCGGAGGCACACUGCUCACCGCCCUCACAAUCGAACACUCCAUCUACCUCGUGGUUCUCACCUAUGGGCUGAUGUUUGGACUUGGUGUUGGGAUUUCAUACACUGUGCCUAUGAGCUGUGCAAUGAAAUGGAUCCCUCAGAGAAAAGGACUGGCCUGUGGUCUAACAGUGGCAGGAUUCGGAGGUGGAGCUUUCAUAUUUGACUAUGUUCAGACAUGGUACAUCAACCCUGACAAUGAAUACCUUGACAAUAAUUCCACCACUCAAAACUUUUUUACACAAGAGGCUAUUUUGAACAGAGUCCCUCGCGUAUUCAGUGUUUUGGGGGCCUGUUACGCAGCUCUACAAGUGAUGGGAAUCAUUCUACUCACAGACCCUCCAAACGUCCAGCAGAUUGAAGGGGAGGAAGAAAAUGUGAGAGAGGAAAUGUUCACAGACUCCGGAGAAAGGGAAGAUCGCAGGAUGCUCGAGGAAAGUUCAUCCCUUCUCCAGGAGACACCAAAUAUGACUUCGGCCAGUCUAGUCGAGGAGGCAUAUGUGUCUUGGAGACACAGCUGGAAGACGAAAGAUUUCUGGCUGCUGUGGUUUGCACUGCUCCUCAACAGUCAGGGCCUUGUGUUUUUUUCAAGUUUCUGGAAGGCUUACGGACUGUCUAUCAUCCGUGAUGAUCACUUCCUGGCAAUUGUUGGAAGCGUCGCCGCCUUGUUCAACGCUGGCGGCAGAAUUUUCUGGGGACAUUUUGGUGACAAAGUAUCCUUUAAGGUCGCUAUGUUGUAUUUGUGUGCAGUUUUCACAGUGCUGAUGGCGUCCUAUCAGUUGAAUGAGCUAGCCGGAAAGCCCCUGUUCUUCAUCUACGUGUGUUUAACGUUUGGAACGUUCUGUGGAAACUACGCAUUGUUUCCAGUGGCUACAGUGCAGACAUUUGGCCAGCGCCACUUCGUACAGAACUAUGGACUGUUGUUUACCUCCCAGUCGGUCAUGGCAUUAAUCCUUGCAAUCACAUCAGAUGAGAUCCGGACUGGGACUGACACAACGUGGGAGGGACUCUUUUACUUGUCAGCUGCAUGCUCCUUCUGCUGUUUCCUGCUGAUGAUAGCGUUGAAAAAGAGGCGACCUUUCGAGUAGCAUCAAGUGAUGAGACCUACAACUCGGUUCCAUUACUCACUGAUUCAAGGACACCUUCAGGAAAUUAUCAACUAAAGUGUAUAUUGUCUCUAAAUAUUUAUAUAAUUAUUGAUUGACAUGGUGAUUUCAUAUUAGUUACAGUAUUUACAAUCUAUAUUAUUGUGUUGACUGACACGCACGUGUGAUUUAUUUCGUGUCACCUAGAGUGGAUGUGGCUGUCUUUUAUUCCAAAUAGAAACGUUGGGAUGACAUAAUCCUCAAACAGCCUAUGCUUAUACAUGUUCAGUUAAUGUCAAACCUAGAUAUCACGAUUCAGUGCAAACAGAGUCCUGUUUACAGGCAAUCAAAAAUCGAAAAGUGGAUCAUCCAUUUUUAGCUGACAUUUUAAGCUGUCUUCUCAAUUGAUCCGUAGCUGGAAAAGAUAUAACUCUUUGUUGGCUGCCAAGUCAUGUUGGCAUCAGUGGCAUCUGUCAAGCAGAUUCUUCGACAAAAGCCGCUCUUAAAAAACCAACUUCAAACACAAACUUCCCAUAUUCUGAUCUAAAACCCUCCAUCAGACAAUAUGUGAAUGAUCACUGGCAAAAAAGUUGGAAUACCAAGACUAUGAACAAACUUCAUGCUAUCAAACCACUGAUUGGAGGUAAUGCACAUUCUGGUUUAUAUCGUCAUGAUGAAGUUGUUUUAAAGCGGUGCCGCAUUGGCCACAGUCAUUAUACACAUUCAUUUUUAUUGAAGGGUGAAGACCCACCGUUGUGUAUAUCUUGCCAUAGCCCUCUUACUAUGAAGCACAUUCUGCGUGAAUGUGUUGAUUUUGCACUUGUCAGACAACGUUUUUAUGAUAAUGUUCAUACCUUAUCUGAACUUUUUAACACAGUUUCUAAUCACUUGAUUUUAGCGUAUUUGAAGGAAAUUAAAUAUUGAUAUAUUAAAUAUUGAAGGAAUAUAAAAUAUAGAUUUUUACCUGAACAGUCAGUCUUUUACCUAUGAAUGUGAUACAUGACUGAGAUUUUAGUGAUUUUCAACACCACUAUUACUUUAUUGACAAAAAGACAUUUCUCGCCGCGAAUAGCUGCAAAAUUGCUGAUGCGGCGUUAAGCAAUAUUCACUCACUCACUCACUCACUCAGUGGAAACAUAAAUAUAUGCAUAAUAAUUAUCUCAUUAGAAACGUAACGCUUCAUGAAUUUACUUUCAUGUUCUUUAUUUGCCAAAUUGAGACAAUUCAAUUAACAUGUUUGUUUGCUUACUUUUUACUUCUUUCUUCCAUGUUAAUCAACGUGUAUAUUAAUAAAGCAAAUCAAUAUUUU